ACUUUUCUCCCCUCCAACAGCAGCUCACCAUACUCCAAGAAUGACAGCAGAAAUCGUGUCUUCAGGGAGAAGUAUACUUUUUCGUCUUACUAUCAGCAUUCCUCCCCCAUAGCUGCCAUGUUCAUCCUGGCCUACAUCUUCAUCUUCCUGAUGUGCAUGAUUGGCAAUAUGCUGGUAGGCGUCAUCGUGCUGAAGAAUCGGCAGAUGCGGACCGUCACCAACAUGUUCAUUCUCAACCUGGCCAUCAGUGAUCUGCUAGUGGGCAUCUUCUGUAUGCCAACCACCCUAGUGGACAACCUGAUCACAGGUUGGCCAUUUGACAACAUCAUGUGUAAAAUGAGUGGAUUGGUGCAGGGGAUGUCUGUCUCAUCUUCAGUUUUCACUCUGGUGGCCAUUGCAGUGGAAAGGUUUCGUUGCAUUGUUUACCCCUUCAGACAGAAACUAACUCUGAGGAAAGCCCUAAUCACUAUAGUUAUCAUUUGGGUCUUGGCCUUGAUAAUCAUGUGCCCCUCUGCAGUCACCUUGACAGUCACCAGGGAUGAAUAUCAUUUCAUGGUGGAUGCGUACAACAAUUCCUACCCACUCUACUCGUGCUGGGAGGCAUGGCCUGACAAGGGAAUGCGAAAGAUCUACACAACCGUACUCUUUUCUCACAUUUACGUGGCCCCUCUUACCUUAAUUGUGAUCAUGUACGCACGUAUCGCUUUCAAACUUUUCAAGUCCUCUGCACCCAUAGGAGGCUCCCAGUCAGAGGAGAAUGAGGGGAGGAGGGUCUCCAAGAGGAAAGUCAAGGUUAUCAACAUGUUGAUCAUAGUGGCAUUGUUCUUCACUCUCUCCUGGUUGCCCCUAUGGACUUUAAUGCUGCUGACAGAUUAUGGAAACCUAACUGAGUACCAGCUCAACGUGAUCACAGUUUAUAUUUUUCCAUUUGCCCAUUGGCUGGCAUUCUUCAACAGCAGCAUCAACCCAAUCAUCUAUGGGUAUUUCAAUGAGAACUUCCGAAGAGGGUUUCAGGAGGCUUUCAAGGUCCAACUCUGCUAUGUGGAGAACAAGCACAAGGAUACUUAUUCAGAGAGGAACAAUAGUGGGUUCCUUUUUGGUGCACGAAACCGCAUUUUUGUUGAAGCACGCCCUAGUGAUUCAGUGCAACCCUCCCAGUCUGGACAAAGUAACCUCCCGAGAAUUGGGUUAUUUCCACUGAGGAAUGGGCGUAUUGCUCACCAUGGGCUGAUGGUGGAGGACUUGGACAAUACAGCUUGUUCUCACAACAGUGUCAGCGUCCCAGCUUGGGAUAUCUAAGAAUACUGCAUAUCCGGCUCCCAUAAUUGAUGGACUUUUUAGUGGACAACGCUAGAGAUCUGUGAACCAUAACAUUUGAAACUCCCUGAGGAGCAAAUUAUUUACAAUGAUGGACAUCUAGACUAAAAGUUAUUCAAUUUUAAGGACUAAAUCGCUGAAGGUUUAGAUACUCAUACAUGGUACUACAGUUACAAAGCAAAAGAGAAGGCUUUAUGUUCAAGUUUCCAGAUGUAUUAUUGUCUCCUAGACUUUCAUGUGAAUUAAGGAAUGGUUUACGGAGGGAUUUUUAGGAUCCAGGCCCAUGAUGAGAGUGGACCCAGGCAUAGCAGUUAUUCAAUGGCAUAGCAGAUGGUGGUGGUAAUGCAGUCCACAGCUGACUGUUACUUGUUGGCUACCUUAUGGAGUGGACUCAAGCUGGCUGGGCUACUUGAAAGAAAGAUCAAAGACUUGGUAUUGGGAGAAAGAUAAAAGUUCAGCCAGGAGUGGGGAAAUGACGAUGAAUAGGCAGUAUAUAACAAUGAAUCUCUGAACUGGAAAUAACAGAUAAUUAUUGGGAAAAAUCACAUACACCACAUGGGAGCCAGGUCUAGACCCUUGAUCUUUCAGCUCAAAAAACAAACAAACAAAGCUGUCUUUUACCACCGGAGCUAAGAGACUCUUCCUUUGUUGUUAGCUAGUGCAUUAUAUACUACUCUCCUUCCCAGCCAGCUAGACAGAUCUUGUCUCACACACAACUGAGAUUCAAGGAGUUAAACUCCAACAAUUAGGCACCAAAUCUGUUGUAAAUCCAUGUGCUGCAGAAGACACUAGACUGACUGCUUUGGAAGUCACCACACCAGCUUCUCCUGCUGCAUCUCACCUCAUCAGCUAAAGAGAAGCUGGUGCCUCAUUCAGUAACCCAGGAAGAAAGAGAGAUGCUCUUCUGCUUUUAGCACCAGCUGGGGAAUUGUGUUCCCUUUUACUUUAACUCCUGAUUGCAAGCAUGUGGAAUGGAGUAUGGUUUUCAAGGAUCUGGGCCGUUUGUCCAUAAUACACUGCUGUGUGUAACUUUUUUUUUUUUUUUUCUGAAAACACAGUAAAUUUGUCACUUUAUUAUUUGCAGUUCUAUUUUUAAGUUGUAAAUUACUUUAGUUCUCAAAAACGAUUGGCUUACACCACCAGCUAGAGCCAGGCCUACUUCAAGCAUGUAUGUACUAGCUUUUCCCUCCUAUCUCUGUUCUCCUUGUAACAGACAUUUUGAUUCCUUUCCUGACCUCUCAAGCAGAGACAGCCAACCAUGAAUUGUAUCUGACCAUGUUGUGAUUCUGUGAUGUGCAUGAAUGAAAUCUAGGAGAUCUGCCGAAUAUUUUCACUUGUGACUAAAAUUUGAAUCUAGGUCUCCAAUGUGAAAGGCCAGUGCAGUUAACCUACUUUGCUACCUAUAUUUCUUCUCUGAGGAAAAUCCUUAUUUUCUUCAUGUAAUAUUAACUCCAAGAAUAUAUACUCACUGCAACAUAAAUUUUAAGCAUCAUUGUGCGUAGCCUUGAGCUAUGACAUCAAACUGUAUAUUGUCAAUCUCAUAGAGCUCUUGCCUCAUGCUGCUACUGUGCACCUCUGCAUUCUUACAAAAAACAGAACAAUCCAGCAUUUGAAGUUUUUAACAAAUGUAAUCUGAAGUUUGUGGUGCAGUUGCAAUUGGGUUACACCAACAAUGAAUUAGGCUGUUUGUGUACAUUAGAACAUACACUAGUAAAGGAAAUGUGCUGAGGUUAGAAAACAUGGAGUAUUCAUAAUAUUUAGCCCUUAUAUAAUACUUCUGAGUUGCAAGGUACUCUACAACCACUAAAUUAAUCCUAAUACAUACCCUUUGAAAUUGGAGUAUAAUCUCCAUUUUAAUGACAGGGAAACAAAGAGUACUUUAACCAACCUACUCAAGUUCACAGAGCCAUCAGUGUAGGAACUGGAAUUGGAACUCAGCAGUUCCUGGCUCAGAGGCCUAUCCUCAGCCCCCAACUCUCUGUCAAAGUUGUCAAGCUAUUCAAUGUAAUAUCAUUAAUCAAAAGACCUGAACCUUUUCUGUUCAUACAAUAAAGUCAAAUCUGUUGCUGGAUAAGGCCUUUGCAGCCACAUUUUUUUAAAUGAGCCUCCAAAUUUGGAUGCUCAAUUUGAGAAAACUUGGGCCUGAUUUUCCAGAGGUGCCGAACACGAGAACCUCCUAUUGACUUACACUGGAUUUCUAGGCAGUCAAGCCUAGAUUCUCAAAGCUAUUUAGGUACCUAGCUCCCACUGAAAUCAAUGGAAAUUUGAAGCACUACACCUCACCUUUUCUGAAAAAUGAGGCCUUGGUCACAAGUUUAACACCCCAAAAUGGAGGCAUCUAAAAUUAGAGGCUACUUUGGAAAAUGCUAGUCUAAGG